UUUAUUUGCUGCGCCUGCGCCUGCGCCCGCCUGCAAACUCUGCUCUUCUCUGCUGCACAACCGCCCCGCUUUUGAUCCUCCGUAGCGAAGGAAGGAAAGGAAAGCAAACCCAGCAAUGGGUGAUGCAACAACCAAGUGUUCUGCUGGAGAAGAGAAUGACAGAAUCAAGUAUGCUAUGUCAUCUAUGAAAGGAUUUCGUGAUGAAAUGGAAGAUGCUCUCACAGCUGUCCUAGAUCUAGAUGGUUACAGUUCCACAUCAUUCUUUGGUGUUUAUGAUGGCCAUGGAGGAGCUGAUGUAGCAUUGUAUUGUUCAAGGCAAUUUCAUAUUGAGCUCACCAAGGAACCAGACUAUGGCAACAAUCUGCGUACCGCACUGGAGCAUGUGUAUUUCAGAAUUGAUAAGAAGUUGAAACGAUCGGAUGAAUGGAAAAGGGAGCCAGCUCAUCCUCCUGUUAAUAGAACUUGGAAAAACUUGCUCAGGGCUGCUCUUUGUGAUCCUAAGGAACGUUAUGUUCCCCCCCUACAGGAAGGAACCACAGCAUGUGUGGCUCUCAUUAGAGGUAACCAGAUUAUUGUUGGAAAUAUUGGUGAUUCCCGUUGUGUACUCUCAAGGAAUGGUCAGGCAAAUGAUCUAUCCACCGAUCACAAGCCAGACCACCAACAGGAAAGGGCGAGAAUUGAAAGGGCAGGAGGUCAAGUAACCAGGGAUGAGAACCCUCAGAGAGAUAUCACAGGACGACUAGUUAGUAUGGACUUGGGCAUCCAUCGCAUCGGGGGGAAAUUAGCCAUAUCCAGAGCGAUUGGUGAUUUUCAAUACAAGCAGAACAAAACUUUGUCUCCUGCAGAACAAAUUGUGACAUGUAGUCCGGACAUUCGCACUGUGGACAUAACUGAUGACACUGAAUUUCUUAUUAUAGCAAGUGACGGUAUCUGGGACGUCAAGUCAAGUCAAGAGGCGGUUGAUUUUGUAAGGCAGCGUUUGCAAUCCGGGGAGACAAAUCUGCGUGCCAUUUGUGAGAGACUUCUUGAUUCAUGCCUGGGCCGGAGAAUGAGUGACAAUAUGAGCGUGAUAGUGGUUGAGUUCAAGGAGGGCGCCCGCGCCAACCCCACUGCCACUGCUGAAGCCAGGGCUGACGAAAUCGAGGUCAACAUCGAAGUGGGGCAGUCCAGCAGCGCAAAUGUGGAAGGGGGGCAGCCCAGCAACGGAAAUGAUGACGACGACGGCUCUGUCAACGGCUGCAUAGGAUGCUUCGGCCGCUUGGAUAUGUUUGAGGCCGGCGAGGACUGAUGGGUGAGCUGUGCACUUACAGUUUUGAAUUUUUGAUCAAGAAGUGAAAGGUGAUCCUGAGCUGGGAUGGUUUACAGUGCUAUUUUUGCUCUUUGUCGGAGACAGAAUUCGUGUAGGAUGAUAUGGUACCACUCUUAGGGUCUGAGCUGGGAUGGUUUACGUUGCAUUGUACUCCCUCUGUAAACUAAUAUAAGAGCGUUUAGAUCACUAUUUUAGUAUUCUAAACGCUCUUAUAUUAGUUUACGGAGGGAGUACUAGUUUCGCUGGAGAUUUUGCUUGAGAGCCACUUGGAUUCACGCACUCUGUUUUCUUCUUCUUCACAUCUUGUCUUGGAUAUCAAAGAUGCUUGAUGGGGUAGUAUAACUAUGGAUGUUUACUGCCUUGAUGAUAAUUCCUCUAUGC